AUGACUGAAAAUCCGGAGAAUAAAGACUUCCAAAUAAAGGAGAACGAGAAGAGAGACCAGAUGCUAAUCAUUUUGGAAAACACGGUCGCAGUUCUCGAUAUGGAGAAGGGCACUUUGCAUCGAGAUCUACAGCAACACGAAAACAGCCGGAAAGAAAUGCAAGUGGAAAUAAACAAGCUGAAUCAGGACUUGGAAGGACUUCGAAAAGAGAAUGGAAAGAAGGAGAAGAACACAAAACCUGAAGAAGGAGAACGAGAAGAAGACCUUGAUGAUCGCAGGUUACAGAGAAAUGGCAGGAUUUUGGACUCGUCUAUUGAAAAAAAUAUUGAUGAUGAUGAUGAUGAUAAUGAUGAUUAUGAUGGUGGUGAUGAUGAUGAUGAUGAUGAUGAUAAUGAUGAUUACUAUUACAAAAUAACGCCUAGAAAGCAGUAA